CGCGCAGGCACCAUGACCCAGACGCCCACCUUCAACCACCUCAAAGUGGAACUGCAUGUCCACCUGGACGGCGCCAUCAAGCCCGAGACCAUUUUGUACUAUGGCAAGAAGAGGGGCAUCCCCCUUCCCGCUGACACCGUCGAUGGGCUGAAGGCUGCCAUCGGCAUGGACCACCCGCUCAGCCUCCCGGGCUUCCUGCAGAAAUUCGACCUCUACAUGCCCGCCAUCGCGGGCUCCCGGGAGGCCAUCAAGAGGGUCGCCUACGAGUUUGUGGAGAUGAAGGCCAAGGAGCGCGUGGCCUAUGUGGAGGUGCGCUACAGCCCACACCUGCUGGCCAACUCCAAAGUGAAGCCGCUGCCCUGGAACCAGCAGGAAGGGGACCUCACCCCGGACGAGGUGGUGCACCUCGUGUGUCAGGGCCUGCAGGAGGGCGAGCGGGACUUCGGGGUGAAGGUGCGUUCCAUCCUCUGCUGCAUGCGCCACCAGCCUGACUGGUCCGAGGAGGUGGUGGAGCUGUGUAAGAAGUACAAGUCGGAGAAUGUGGUGGGCAUCGACCUGGCUGGAGAUGAGACCAUCGAGGGCAGCAGCCUCUUCCCAGGACACGUGAAGGCCUAUGAGGAGGCCAAGAACAGUAACGUGCACCGCACUGUCCACGCCGGCGAGGUGGGCGCAGCACAGGUGGUGAAAGAGGCUGUGGAUGACCUGCAUGCGGAGCGGGUGGGCCACGGCUACCACACCCUGGAGGACGAGGCCCUGUACCAGCGGCUGCUGAAGGCGAACAUGCACUUUGAGGUGUGCCCCUGGUCCAGCUACCUCACCAGCGCCUGGAAGCCCGAAACGGAGCACGCGGUGGUUCGGUUCCAGAAGGACGGGGCCAACUACUCCCUCAACACCGACGACCCGCUCAUCUUCAAGUCCACCCUGGAGACGGACUACAACAUGGUUGGAAAGAUGGGCUUCAGCCAGCAGGAGUUCCAGAGGCUGAACCUCAGAGCGGCCGAGUCCAGCUUCCUCAACGACGCCGAGAAGGCGGAGCUGCUGGAACUGCUGCGCAAGGACUACGGGCUGCCCCCGCCAGCAUCAGGGCCGCGCCCCUGAGGACACCACGGCCAUGUCGCCUCGCUGAGCCCCGGCCCCG